AUGCGCAGAAAAACAAAGCCAAAUAAGCAAACGGUGCGCGACACCGGCACUCUCAUCUUUUCCCUCCCCUCCGAACUUUUGAUCGACAUAUUUCGCCUCGCAUGCACCGACGACCGGACUAGACUUGCUCGGGGACAUCCACAGGCCAAUAUAGCCAUCUCCAUGACUUGUUCUACAUUCCGAGCCAUCAUACUCGAACUUCCCGACGCGUGGACGACGAUUGACUUUCAUCUCUACUGGCCACUUCGCGUACUCGUCUCCUAUGUGACAAAGGUCCUCAAAUGGUGUCGUGACCUCCCUCUCAAUAUCAUCGUACGAGACGGCUGGCGGAACAUGACGGCUCCCUGGCAGGACCUGGCAAGCCUCUUCCAGAGACUGUUUGCAAAGGUCUCCAAGGUCGAUACCAUCUCAUUCUACAUUUCUAGAUACGACUUUGAUCCUCUACCUGAACAAUGGACAGACUGCCUUCCAUCUCCCCCUCGACGCCUCGAAAUUCACCACGCUGUGGAAUUCGACACUCGACCGAAGCAACAGCGGCCGUCUCAAGCCCCAAAAGACGAAACUCAGCCUCUCAGGUGCUCGAUGAUGGACAGCGACUACAUCUCGCUCAUCGAGGAAAUCGAGUUGGUCGACACAAUUAUCUACCUCGACUAUGAACUGCAAGCGCCCUUGCCUUGGAAAUCCUUUACGCAAAGCCGACGAGCCGGGCAGAUGUGCACAUCAGCUACUAUGCAUGGCGAUUACGUCUUUCGUAUGUGUCCAGACAUACAUACCAUUGUCCUUCAAGGCGGAGUCUUCAGACACUCGCUGAAUAAUCCUCGUAUGCCCAAGACACGCUACAUUCCUCCAGUUCAUACACUCGAAUUCCACGACCAUCACGGCUUUGCAAGUUUUAUGAAGAAGUAUCCAAAGAUUCACUUUCCUCAACUCGUCAAGCUUACAUUGGGAACGUACGAUCCUCUCCUGCUUUCCCAGCUCCUUGCACUCCAUCCAACGAUCCUCGACCUUAGCCUGGGCGCCGUCAGAGGUGCAGAGGUCUGGAAAGCAGCGUGUCCUCAAGUCACCAAACUCUCCAUUCCAGCCGCCGGCCUCCAAGUUCUUCGCGGUUCAUCCUCUCAUGGAGCAUCGGCAAUCGUCUUCCCAGAGCUGAUGAAUCUGCACAUGGACUGCACUGAUUACUCGCUCUGUGUCGACGAGUUUGAGGAGCUCGUCGAGACUAUGAUCAUGGAAGAAGGCGUACCGAUGAGCGUGAGAGGAGAUGUAGAGAAGCGUCUGCUUGGACUCGCAGCUGGUAUGCGAAGCAUGCGGUAA